AUGAAGUCCACGCUGCUCCUGGCCUUGCUCACUGCGGUUCACCUCCUGCCGGAUUCUGCCCUCUCCUUGCGCAUUAGCGCGUUCAACAUCAGGACCUUCGGGGACAGCAAAAUGUCCAACGAGACCAUCGGCAACAUCAUUGUCCAAAUUGUGUCCACGUACGACCUCGUCCUGAUCCAGGAGGUCCGAGACGCUGAUCUGAGCGCAGUCAAGAAGCUGAUGAGCCUCCUCAACGGGGUGUCAGCAGAUAAGUACAGCUAUGUGGUCAGCCCGCCCUUGGGACGAAGCAGCUACAAGGAGCAGUACCUCUUCAUUUACAGGGAGGGCCAGGGCUCGGUGGUGGACACGUACCUGUACGACGACGGGUGUGAGCCCUGCGGCAAUGACACCUUCAGCCGGGAGCCUUUUGUGGUGAAGUUUGAAGCUCCUGGGACUGAGGUGAAGGAGCUGGCGCUGGUCCCCCUGCACACUGCGCCCAGCGAAGCCGUGGCAGAGAUCGACGCCCUCUACGACGUCUACCGGGAUGUGAUCAGCAAGUGGGGGACCCACGACGUGCUCUUCCUGGGGGAUUUGAACGCCGACUGCUCCUACGUCCGCCCCGAUGACUGGCCUCACAUCCGCCUGCGCACCAGCCGCGACUUCCAGUGGCUCAUCCCGGACACAGUGGACACCACCGUGACGAGCACGGACUGCGCCUACGACAGGAUUGUGGCGGCAGGGCCAAAAUUGAGAGGCGGCACCGUGCCGGGGACAGCGCGAGUGAACGAUUUCCAGAAGACCUUCGGCCUCAGCAACAAGGACGCCUUGGCGGUCAGCGACCAUUUUCCUGUGGAAGUGACCCUGAAGCCCCUCUAGACCGCCUGCCUUUCCCCGCA